GCUUCCUGCGUUGUCACUAUUACUUCUUAGUGAAAAGUUUUGAUAAAUAUCUUAUCAAUGACAUUGCCUUUCAUAAAAUAAACCGUAAACACGGUAUAUCUAAUAAAACAGUAAACUGUAUUUGGCCAAAGUUAAAGUAAGAAAGUAGAAGAAUCUAAGAAUCGAAUCACUUGUGUCUUGUCAUUUCGAUCUCUAUCGAAGUGGAUUAUAUCGAAAGUGUGUUAGAAAGAUACAAGACUAACCGGUAAUCAGGUAAAGUUGUCCGUCGGCGUUGUGUGAAGUGACAUGACCGGCACGAUUGCUGCAGGUGCAUUCUGUUCGGAGAGACACCAUCUGCUAGGUCAUAAAUUGAAAAUUAAAAUGGCUCACAGUGGACCUCACCUGGAGAUCUCUACCUGGUUAAAGAAUUUAGAUCUUCCUCAAUAUUCUUCUAAAUUUCAUAAUUACAAAGGUGUUGAGGACAUUCUUCACUUUUCUGAAAGGGAUCUCAAGUCUUUGGGAAUCAAAAACGGUUCACACAGAGCUAGAAUAAUGAGCUCGUUAGUAAUUCUUCGAGAAAAAUUUAAAAAAGGUUUUAAAAUGAAAAUUGAAAUUGGCUAUCCCAAUCGAAGCGCAAGUUGCAUCAACUUAACCGUUCCUAACAAUCGCUCUUCCCCGGAACAGCGCAGUUGGCCUAACAGUUAUCAAGGAAGUCGAAUGUCUAGCGGUAAAUCGAGUAAUAGAUCGAGUAUGGAACCUUUCGCUGGACCUAACGCUAGUGCCUCGGAAUUAAAAGCUGCCUUAGAAUGGGAAUUAAGCUUAGAUUCUAAUGAUGUUAGAAGCCACGCUUGGUAUCAUGGAACCAUUCCCAGGCAGAGGGCUGAAGAAUUGGUCGCUCAGGAUGGAGAUUUUCUAAUACGUGACUGUAUGUCGAAACCUGGUGAUUACGUGUUGACUUGUCGCUGGUCCGGAUCGGCGCUUCAUUUUAUUAUUAAUAAAGUUGUCCUUCAGCCUUUUACAAUUUAUGAAAAAAUUCAAUAUCGAUUUGAAAAGGAAAGCUUUGAUACGUUGCAAGAUUUAGUAACGUAUUACGUUGGUAGCAAACAAGUAAUUUUCUCUUCUUCGUCCAUUUCCAUCAGUCGUCCUAUAAAUAGGAAUAUGCCUCUUACGUAUUAUUUAUCACGAUACGGUUUAGAUUGCCAAAUGCAGUAUGUUGCUCGAGCACUCGAGAAGAACCAAGAUAUAUCUUCUUCAAGACAAAAUUUCAGAUAUAUUCCCUCGAAUUCGAGCCCCGUUGUAAUAAAGAAAGAUAUAAAACCUCCAGAAUUACCCCAAAAAAAGCGAGAGUUGUUUCCAAACCAACAAGAACAGGAUAAACCACCACCAAAGCCUAGUAGAGUCCCAUCCAAGAAGUAUACUGAAAAACCAAAAAUAUCUGUGAGAAGAUUACCUAGUCUGGAUGAUGAUGAUGAUGAUGACGACUUUGCCGAACUUCCUCCAUACGAAAAAAUCGAAGAGCAAAACAUUCAAAACUCGAGGAAAUCUUCGGGUGUAACUCGACAUUCCUUUCUAGAUAGGAAGAUUGUUGACGACGAUUAUAAUAAAUCGAAACAAUUUAUCAUUUCUUCUCUUAAUCUUCCAUCAUCAAUAAAUCUUAAUUUAUAUAAAACACCGUUGUUGGCAUCGGAAAAUAAACCUCUCGAUAGUCAAGCGAUAUCGAAAGUUCGAACAAUGCUUUUGGAAUAUGGACCCAGAUUGUUAGCUGUCCACUUAACAAAAGUGGAUUUAGAAAUGUUGAAGUGUGGUAAGGAGGAGGAUCUCGGAUUUGGAGUAGUAUCGGGUCUGGAAUUAAUGCUGUUACCCCAAGGAAAACAGUUAAGAAAAGAUAUUUUAGAGAGGAUAGAAUGUUUAAAAUUAUUUGUAACCAUAACUUGUUUAUUAUGUGGUUCCCAACAAGAAAUUAUUGAAAUGAUAAAUAAAUGGAUUAAAAUAGCUAUCGAAACGAAAGUAACGAUUGGAAAUUUAUAUGGUUUUGCAUGCAUUAUGCAAGGAUUGGCACAUCCUCAGCUUACUCGACUACAGAACGUUUGGUUACUCUUAAGACAAACUUAUACAGAAACUGCUUUGACGUAUGAAACCAAGCUACGACCCGCAUUAAAAUCUAUACAGGAAUCUUCCAGUUUCCAUAUCCAGAAUAUUUGUAUACCUUAUAUUAUCACUUUGGUUUCUGUAUUCGAUCGCAUUCGAGACAUUAAUUCCGAAAGUGAAAUUGUAGAAAUAUUGGAUUCUCCAGGUGAAAUGUCCACCGUGGAUUACGGUUUAGAAAUGCUCUUAAACCAUUUAACAAUUGGGAGGCAAAUUUCUCAACAAAGUUCCUCGUUUAGCAGGAAUGGAGAAUCUAUCCUUAACAUUAAUCACGAACCAUUGUUACUAGACAUUUUUAGAACAGAAUUUCAUCUGAAAGUAUUGUGGGGAAGUAAAGCGGCUAAUGUGGAUCCAGUGCAAAGAUACGAAAAGUUCGAACAACUUUUAGCAAUAGUUUCCAACAGGAUUGAACACAGAUAAAGUUUUACUUCAAUCCAUCAAUCAAAAAUGAAUAUUUUAAACACGGAAAAUACAAUCUAUAUCAAAAUAUUUUUUAUUAUAAAUUCGAUUCUAGUCAUAGAAGCAAUUAUGAUUUUCAUUUAUUCUUUUUUUUUUUAAUUAAUAGAAGAAAUCUUGGAGUAGUUUUAAUGGAUAAAAAUCCUGGAUUCUUUAUGCCUGAGUGCUAAUUUAUUAUUGUUUUUUUUUAAAUACUUACCUAAUGAUUUACUUCAUAGUGAUCAUUUCUAAAUUAUUUAAAAUCAUAGUUUUAAAAUUGUUGAUAUAAUAAAACAUUUAAUGAAAAUAUGAAAAAAUAAAGUGUAAUAUUUGGUUUGUAAAGGACUGUACAAUUUUAUUCUUAACAAAAGAUUAUUGAUUUGUUAAGAGUAAAAGCAAUUAUAUCAAUUAUUAAAAUUAAGAAACUAUAUAUUUUUCAUAAAUCAAUAAUUUCCUGUGUUAGCCUUUGUCUAUUAUUUAUAAAUAAGUAAAUAUGUAUAUGUACAAUGUAUAUAGGGCUAUGGAGAGCUUGUAUAAAAGGCCUUUUUUUUUACCUUUUCUUUAACAAAUGAAAUAUGUAGAAUGUUUCUUUAUUAGUAAAAGGCCUUAUAGAUUUUAUUUGUUAGUAAAAAUGACAUUAAUUUAUAUGGGAAGGAAUCACUUCAGGCCCCUAAACUUUCUGGUCCUGGGGUAAAAUUCCCCUUUCCAUGGCCCUGUAAGUGUAUGUACAAAAUAUAGUAUGUGUGUGUGAUAGACAAAGGUUAGAAUAUAUAAUUAUAAAUAUUU